UUUCACCUCUGUGAGAUUUAUCACUUUUUCCCCUGCUCAUUUGGUGCUUCUCUUUUUUCAGUCUGCGACCAUCCCGCUGUUCAUGAGUAACAAGGAUGUGGCUGCGGAAGCCGUCACAGGCAGUGGGAAAACCUUGGCGUUUGUGAUUCCCAUCCUGGAAAUCCUUCUCAGACGGGAAGAAAAGUUAAAGAAAAUGCAGGUUGGUGCUAUAAUCAUCACCCCAACCAGGGAGCUGGCCAUUCAGAUUGAUGAGGUGCUGUCACAUUUCACCAAGCACUUCCCCAUGUUCAGUCAGAUUCUUCUCAUUGGAGGGAGGAACCCCAUGGAAGAUGUGGAGAAGUUCAAGGAGCAGGGGGGGAACAUCAUCGUGGCUACCCCAGGCCGCCUGGAGGAUCUGUUCAGGAGGAAGGCAGAGGGGCUGGACCUGGCCAGCUGUGUCAAGGCUCUGGAUGUGCUGGUGUUGGAUGAAGCUGACAGACUCCUGGAUAUGGGCUUUGAAGCCAGCCUGAACGCCAUCCUGGACUUCCUGCCCAAGCAGAGGAGGACAGGGCUGUUCUCAGCCACGCAGACCCAGGAGCUGGAGAGCCUGGUGCGGGCCGGGCUGCGCAACCCCGUGCGCAUCUCGGUCAAGGAGAAGGGGGUGGCAGCCAGCAACACCCAGAAAACCCCAACCCGCCUGGAGAACUUCUACAUGAUCUGCAAGGCAGAUGAGAAGUUUAACCAGUUGGUGCAUUUUCUUCGGCAGCACAAACAGGAAAAGCAUCUGGUCUUUUUCAGCACAUGUGCCUGUGUGGAAUACUAUGGGAAGGCUCUGGAAUCCUUAAUUAAGCAGGUGAAAAUAAUGAGCAUCCACGGGAAGAUGAAGCACAAGAGAAACAAGAUUUUCACGGAGUUUCGGAAGCUCCCGGGGGGCAUUUUGGUGUGCACAGAUGUGAUGGCCCGUGGCAUUGACAUUCCAGAGGUGCACUGGGUGUUGCAGUAUGACCCACCCAGCAGUGCCAGUGUUUUCCAUGCCACAAGAUUUGCCCUUUUGCUGCCCAGUGCUUCCAAAGGCACUGAGUGUGUGCUGGGCUCUUGCAGUGCCUUCGUGCAUCGCUGCGGCCGCACGGCGCGCAUCGGCAACGUGGGCAGCGCUCUGGUGUUCCUGCUUCCCAUGGAGGAGUCCUACAUCAACUUCCUCUCAAUCAACCAAAAGUGUCCCAUGCAGGAAAUGAAACCCCAGACAAAUGUGCUGGAUCUUCUCCCCAAGCUGAAGUCCAUGGCCCUGGCUGACAGGGCAGUGUUUGAGAAAGGGAUGAAAGCCUUUGUGUCCUAUGUGCAGGCUUAUGCCAAACACGAGUGUAACCUCAUCUUCCGCAUCAAAGAUCUGGAUUUUGCCAGUCUUGCCAGAGGUUUUGCAUUAUUAAAAAUGCCAAAGAUGCCUGAACUAAGAGGAAAAUGUUUUCCAGACUUUACUCCAGUCACUGUCAAUACAGACUCCAUUUCGUUUAAGGAUAAAAACAGAGAAAAGCAGAGACAAAAGAAAUUAGAAGAACUAAAAAAAGAAAGAGAGGAAAAUCAAGGGAAAAAGAAAUUUGUAAAGAACAAAGCAUGGUCAAAGCAGAAAGCCAAGAGGGAGAAGAAGAAGAAAGUGACAGCUAAAAGGAGGCGUGAGGAGGGCUCUGAUAUUGAAGAUGAGGAUAUGGAGGAGCUGCUGAAUGACACAAGACUCUUGAAAAGAUUAAAAAGGGGAAAAAUUAGUGAAGAAGAGUUUGAGAAGAAACUAACAGGCAACCACAGGCUCAAAGCAGAAACUGUUGAGGACAUAGAUUCUGAAGGCUGACAGUCACUCUAACCACAUUUUUACAUUAAAACACUGCUUAUUUCAAUAAAACCGGAUUUCUAUAAAAAAUAGAGAACAAAAUACCUCUAUAAAAAGAGAACAAAGCUGAUCUAAUUUCUUCACAGAGACCUGGCAUCCCUAA